AUGCUCCAUCUCCGGCAGCGCAUCGUUUCCCAUAUCAUCUCCUCCGCCGCCACCUCUGCCGUCUCCUGCUCCGCCACCUCUGCCAUCUCCUCACUCCGCCGCCUCCUCUGCGCAGCCGCCACCCCCGUUUCCCCGAACCCCAGUGGAUUCGCCGUCGAGGACUACCUCGUCGACAGCUGCGGCCUCACCCGAUCCCAGGCCAUCAAGGCCUCCACGAAGCUCUCCCACCUCAAGUCCCCCGCCAACCCCAACGCCGUCCUCGCCUUCCUCUCCGGCCUCGGCCUCUCCAGCUCCGAUGUCGCCGCCGUCGUGGCCAAAGACCCGCUUUUCCUCUGCGCCGGCGUGGAGAGAACCUUGGUCCCCGUCGUCGACGGCCUCACCGACCUCGGGCUGUCGCGUUCCGAGAUUGGCGGCCUCGUCUCGCUUGUCCACUGCCGCUUCCGCUCCAGAGCCAUCGUCCCUAAGCUGCGCUACUACCUGCCCCUCUUCGGCUCAUUCGAGAACUUGCGCCGGCUGCUCAAGAAGGAUCAAUCCAAGCUUCUCUCGAGCGACCUUGACAAGGUGCUCAAGCCCAAUGUCGAGUUCCUGCGGGAGUGCGGGCUAGGUGACUGCGAUAUUGCCAAGCUAUGUUACCGUGUGCCGAGGAUCCUGACAACCAACCAAGAGCAUGUCCGGGCGAUGGCGGCGCGCGCCGAAAGAUUAGGGGUUCCCAGGGGCUCCGGUAUGUUCAGGGAAGCGCUGCACGCUGUCGCAUUCCUCAGUGAGGAGAAGAUUGCUGACAAAGUGGAUUAUCUGAAGAAGACGAUCAAGUGGUCUGACACCGAGGUGGCCAUCGCUGUGUCCAAGGCUCCAGUGUUGCUGAGGAAGUCUAAAGACCUGCUUAGUCUCAGGUCUGAGUUCUUGCUGUCUGAACUCGGGUUGGAACCGGCCUACAUUGCUCAUCGGCCGGUAAUACUCUAUUAUAGCCUGGAGGGCCGGCUCAGGCCUCGACACUAUGUUCUAAAGUUUCUCAAGGAAACUGGAUUGGCCGAUCGCGACUGGAGCUUCUAUAAUGUGGUCACGAGGAUGGAGAAGGAUUUCGUGGACAAGUACAUAUGCCCUCACAAGGAAUCUGCGCCACACCUCGCUCAAGACUAUGCAACCGCUUGCAAAGGGGAGGUGCCAACUAAUUUCAAAUUUUUACUUGAACCAAAAGUGGGCUGA